UACUUCAUGUGGCGGAAAUAAUUGAAUUUUUUCUCGUGAAAUUGCUACUCUAGCCCGAAAAAUUCAAUUAGAUCCACAAUUAUUGGCUGAUUGAUAUAAAUUUUUGCCCUCACCCACCUUUAAUUGAUGAAAAGCUCCAAAAAAAAGAGAGCCAAAGACGCCAACAUUCAGACGUGCAAUUUGAAGGUUCUCUCCUCAACAAUGGCAAACUGACCAACAUAUAGCGUCAAAUUGUGCCCGGACAAUGAAUCGCAUUUAACGCUUGUGCCGCAGAAGAUAUAAAAGUUCAGGAUUUUGAUGGUAUAAUAAAUGUGAGAAAAUAACACCACCGCGUGUCGAUAUAUUUCCUAUUUAUUGACAACAUUGGAGAUUUACGGACUCUUUUUUUCACUUUUUCUUGCACCAAGAGUUUUACUUUCACAAUGUGUAAGAAAGAAGAGAGAGAAUUGAGCGCAAUCUUCAGCGUGUCAAGACACCUCUUGUCCAUAAAGACUCCUCUCUUUGGGCUUAUUAGAUUAAUAUAAUGCAAUCACACACAAACACACUCGAGAGUGAAUGUACUUCAAGCGAAAGAUAAUGGCAAACUUUGCCCUUGAGAAGCUCUGAAGCUGUUGUUAGAAAAAGGAAAGUUCAGUCUUAAGUUCAACCUUGUUUCAGGCCAAAAGUCAGGCUCAAGAGUUUUGCAAGUGCUAAAGAAAAGAAUGGAUAAAAAGGGAGUUGAAAACUGAUAAGAGAAUCAAGAUAGAUUACAUAAUUGAUGUCCAUUCUUUGUGACACUACUUAACAAAUAUCACUUACUUGUCGAUUAACCCAGAAAUUUUUGACCAUUUCGUGCAAUUCCAAAGGACAGACAAAGAGAAUCGAUUAACCAACUAUAUUUCCAUACUAAAUUUUUUGGCUCUUCUUACGUGCUAUUGAAAACCCAUAAAUUACCCUUUUGGAUUUGGAGUUUAGCAUCGAAAUUCCUCUUUUGUCUGCACUUUAAGUCCAAUAUCGCGCGCUCUUCUUCGAAGAGAGCCCCAAAAGCGGGAGCCCGGAAUCUCACAUCGCCAGCAAAUAUAACAAUUCAACACACAUUGGCAACAGUCUACGUUCAUUCGCUCUCUCGCUCUCAUUCUCAACACCCCCAAAGAGAGCGAGAGAGCGAGAAACAUCGCAAAUUGCUUGGAAAAAGUUCGAGACGCGGAUUGUGGUGUUGGUGCUGGAGGAAGCGCAACUUCUUUAUGAAACCCGUACGGCCACAAGAGCCAGUCUGGUCUGGUAGUUCAAUUCGAGAGGUUGACUUUCUCAAUUUCAAUAUCUCGCGGACUCGUGAAGGAACGCUGUUUUUUGCAUCUGUGAUCUUCUCUCUCUCUCUCGCCUAACAAAGUUGGUUCUGUUCUUCACGGACACAAAGCCCUUUUUCAAGUCCCUCCUCAUUACGGUGUUUUGGCAAGACAACCGCAGAAGAGUCAAAGAAGGAAAUUCAAGUGAAUCGAAGAAGUGUGCUUAAGAGAGUAAUUUUAUCAGUUGGUGCUGGUUUUUCUCCUACAAAAAAAAAAAAUACUCAACAAUUCCUUCUCAUUGGACACAAAGAGACAAAUGCACUACUCUUGGCUCAAUCGAAAUUCUCCGCAUCCAAUUCGAGAAGCGCAAUGAGCAAAAAGUGAAUGCAGUGCCUUUGAAGAAAGAGCAUCAUCUCUCAUAUCUCUUGAGAAAAACCGAUAUUUUUCGACCAGCUCUCGCGCGCGCUCUCUCGCCAAUUUCACACGGACAAAACCAUCUUACAAUUCAGGAUUUUUGUGAAAAUUUCCACACGAGAAAUUUUCACCAUUCUGCGCUCAGCAUUCCACAGAAAACCCACCCACGGAGAUUUUUAUUGAGAAAAAUACACAUUAACAGUUGUGUGAAGGAAAAAAAAAAGUUGUGACCGCAUCAACAAAACUAAGAGACACACACCGCCAUGGAGACUUCCUUAUGGUUCAGCAUUGUGAUCUUUCUAGCAAUAGCACAAGUUAAUUCACUCGAAAAUGGAUUGGCACGAACACCACCAAUGGGAUGGCUGUCUUGGGAGCGAUUUCGAUGCAAUACAGAUUGCGAAGGAGAUCCCGACAACUGCAUAAGUGAAAAUUUAUUCCGGACAAUGGCCGACUUGGUCGUGUCGGAAGGCUACGCCUCAGUUGGCUACGAAUACAUCAACGUGGACGAUUGCUGGCUGGAGAAGUCACGAGGCGUCCAUGGGGAACUCCUGGCGGACAGGAGACGCUUCCCACGGGGCAUGAAAGCCUUAUCGGAAUAUAUCCACGCCAGAGGCCUUAAAUUCGGCAUUUAUCAGGACUUUGGCAACUACACCUGUGCCGGAUACCCAGGAAUCCUGGGCUAUCUCGGCCAGGAUGCGCAGCAGUUCGCCGACUGGGAGGUGGACUACGUGAAGCUGGACGGAUGCUACUCCCUGCCCACCGACAUGGAUCACGGCUACCCAGAGUUUGGGCGCUACUUGAACGCCACCGGCCGAGCCAUGGUGUACUCUUGCAGUUGGCCAGUGUAUCAGAUUUACGCCGGAAUCGCGCCAAACUUCUCCUCCAUCAUCGAGCACUGCAACCUGUGGCGAAACUACGACGAUAUCCAAGACUCAUGGGCCUCACUGGAGACCAUCAUCGACUACUACGGCAACAAUCAGGACGCUAUUGUGCCCAAUGCGGGUCCUGGCCACUGGAACGAUCCCGACAUGCUGAUAAUUGGCAACUUUGGCCUCAGCUACGAACAGUCAAAGACACAAUUUGCCCUCUGGGCCAUCAUGGCAGCCCCACUCCUCAUGUCUGUCGACUUGAGAACCAUUCGACCUGAGUUCAAGGCCAUCCUGCAGAACAGGAAGAUCAUCGCCGUAGAUCAGGACCCACUCGGCAUUCAGGGACGCCGAAUCUACAAGCACAAGGGCAUCGAAAUCUGGUCCAGGCCCAUCACGCCCAUCUAUCACACUUACUACUCCUACGCCGUGGCCUUCGUGAACAGGAGAACCGACGGAACACCCUCGGACGUCGCCGUCACACUCAGGGAAUUGGGCCUGGUCUCGCCGUCUGGAUACAGAGUCGAGGACUUGUACGAGGAGGUUGACUACGGAGUGCUCAGCCCGCAGACAAAGAUCAAAGUCAAAGUCAAUCCAUCAGGAGUGGUCAUCCUGAGGGCUGACGUUCAACCCGAUCGCUACUCACGGACACCUUACACGCCGCUAAACUACUUUAGAGGAUGAUUCCAGCAAGAGGCCCAACCCUCAGCCCCUCAAAUCUGACAACCCACGCCCUUCAACCUCAACAAAUCCCCCCCCCCAAGAAGACAAAGACGACAUGAAUCCCUUCUUAUCAAUUCAGUAAAUAUUUUUGCCUCUUUCUCUAGUUAAUACAAAUUCCUUAUAUAAAAUCAACACAAUCUCCCUUAAUUUUUUUUUUAAAUAUAAUAUAUAUAUAUGUA